AUGAGUUACCCAUUUCCUUCCACAUAUAGUGGGCAAUAUUACACAAGCACAAGUAGUGGUAGGAGAAAAAGAAGGCAAAGGUUAUUCUCUAAGGAUAUUGAAGCAUUACUUUACUCCCUAGGUGAUGGUCCCGUUUGUUCGGAUGCUACGAUUAAUACUGUUGAAGAUGUAUUAAUUGAAUAUUUAAUGGACUUGAGUCAAAAAACUCUACAACAUGCGAGGGCACAAGGAAGAUCACGUAUAAAGCUAGAUGAUUUGCCCUUUGCGUUGAAGGACGACCCUUUGAAAUUGGCCAGGAUGGAAUAUAUUCUAGAUCAGAGCGCAAGAAUUGAAAAAGCGAAGAAGAUAUUAGACGACGAUAAAACUAUUUACUAUUCAGAAGAUGGUGUAGAUAAUGGAGAUGAUGAUAAUGUGGAAAAGACAGAAAAGCACGAUCAAAAAAAGAGACGAAAGAAAAAUACGACUACAAAAUGA